AUGGCCUCUGUCUCCCUCCCUGCAGAUUUGGCUUCCCAGGGCCACCUGGACCUCACGGAGCUCAUCGGUGUCCCGCUGCCCUCAUCUGUGUCCUUUGUCACGGGCUAUGGUGGCUUCCCAGCCUACAGCUUCGGGCCUGGUGCCAACGUUGGCCGCCCGGCCAGGACCCUCAUCCCACCCACCUUCUUCAGGGACUUUGCCAUCAGCGUCACGGUGAAGCCCAGCAGUGACAGAGGCGGCGUGCUCUUUGCCAUCACCGAUGCCUUCCAGAAGAUCAUCUACCUGGGCCUGCGGCUCUCGGGCGUGGAGGAUGGCCGCCAGCGGGUCAUCCUCUACUACACGGAGCCAGGCUCCCACGUGUCUCACGAGGCUGCUGCCUUCCCGGUGCCCGUGAUGACCCACAGGUGGAUCCGCUUUGCGGUGGUCGUCCAGGGCGAGGAGGUGAUCCUCCUCGUGGACUGCGAGGAGCACAGCCACGUCCCCUUCCAGCGGUCCUCCUGGCCCUUGGCUUUCGAGCCCAGUGCAGGAAUCUUUGUGGGCAAUGCAGGAGCAACGGGGCUGGAUAGAUUCACCGGCUCCAUACAGCAGCUCACCAUCCACCCUGACCCCAGGAUCCCCGAGGAGAUGUGUGAAGCCGAAGGAUCCUCGGCUUCAGGAGAAGCCAGCGGGCUUCUGGAGGCAGAGGGCGUCGCUGAGAUCUUGGAAGCUGUCAGCUACACUCAAGCGCCGUCUAAAGAAGCAAAAGUUGAACCCAUAAACACACCUCCAACUCCAUCGCCUCCUUCUGAGGAUGCGGAGCUUUCUGGCGAGCCUGUACCUGAGGGGACUCCGGAAACCACCAACCUGAGUGUCGUCAUGCACAGAAGCCCUGAGCAAGGGUCUGGUGAGGUCCUGAAUGACACACUGGAGGGAGUUCAUACUAUGGACGGUGCCCCCGUUACAGAUGUUGGCUCCGGGGAUGGGGCCUUCAUUCAUGUCACUGAAGAGGGUGUGCAUGCCGAAGAAGGUUUGGCAGCCACAGCAGCAGUCGGGGAGGCUGAGGUGCCCACCAGCACCGCCGGGGAAGCAGAGACCAGUGGUGUGCCCACCGGGGGGCCAGUCCUCUCCUUGUCCACUGAGGUCAUGGGGGAAGGGGUCACUCUGGGUGCAGAUGCUGAAGAAGGCUCGGCAGCCGCUGCAGCUGGGGAGGCUGAGGUGCCCGGGAGCUCCGCCGGGGAAGUGAAGGCCGGCAGUGUACCCACGGCGGGAGCCACCCUCUCCACGGCCAUCCAGGACGCAGGGGAAGGGGUGACAUGGGGUGCAGUCGGUGAAGGAAUGUUCACAACACCAGCCGCUGCAGCAGAAGUGCCCCUCAGCACUUCUGAGGAAGAGGAGACUCGCGGGGUCCCCACAGGUGGCCUGGUUCCCCCAACACGCACAGUGGCCCCUGAGCAAGUGGUCGCUUCUGGCUCUGGUGAUGAGGAGGACCUAGCAGCAGCCGCAAGAGAGGAGCCCCUGCCCAGCACUGUGGCCGAAGAGCUGGACAGCAGUCCCCCUGAGGGGCCCCCACUGCCCAUACCCACAGUGGCUUCUGAAAGAGGGGUUACUCUGGAGGAUGGCUGUGAGGUCAAGUCCGAGGAUGCAGGUCUGGGAAUGUUUGGAAAGCUCUCAACUUUUGGUAUAAUGAUUCACUUGAGGUUGUUUAGUAAUUGUCCAGGUAUUGUGGGUGAUCAAUCACGUUUACUUUUGGUUCCUUUAGGGAAGCCAGCCAUUGCUCAUAGAGAUUUGAAAUCCAAGAAUAUCUUGGUAAAGAAGAAUGGAACUUGCUGUAUUGCAGACUUAGGACUGGCAGUGAGACACGAUUCAGCCACAGAUACAAUUGAUAUUGCUCCAAAUCACAGAGUGGGAACAAAAAGGUACAUGGCCCCUGAAGUUCUAGAUGAUUCCAUAAAUAUGAAACACUUUGAAUCCUUCAAACGUGCCGACAUCUAUGCAAUGGGCUUAGUAUUCUGGGAAAUAGCUCGACGAUGUUCCAUUGGUGGAAUUCAUGAAGAUUACCAGCUGCCUUAUUAUGAUCUUGUACCUUCUGAUCCAUCAGUUGAAGAAAUGAGAAAAGUUGUUUGUGAACAGAAGUUAAGGCCAAAUAUUCCAAACAGAUGGCAGAGUUGUGAAGCUUUGAGAGUAAUGGCUAAAAUUAUGAGAGAAUGUUGGUAUGCCAACGGAGCAGCGAGGCUUACGGCUUUGCGUAUUAAGAAAACAUUGUCACAACUCAGUCAACAGGAAGGCAUCAAAAUGUAGUUCUGCAGCUUUGCCUGAACUCUGCUUUUCCUUCAGAUCUGCUCCUGGGUUUUAAUUUGGGAGGUCAAUUGUUCUACCUCACUGAGAGGGAAUAGAAGGAUAUUGCUUCCUUUUGCAACAGUGUAAUAAGGUCAUCGAGAAACUCCCCAGGAUUUCUUUGGACCCAGGAAACAGCCACGUGGGUCCUUUCUGUGCACUAUGAACACUUCUUUCCCAGGACAGUUACAAAAUGUUGUGUAGUCUACCUUUAUUUUUUAUUAACACAAAACUUGUUUUUUUUGUUUUUUUUUUUUUUUAAAGAUGAUUGCUGGUCUUAACUUUAGGUUAACUCUGCUGUGCUGAAGAUCAUCUUUAAGGGUAAAGGAGCUGGAUUGUUGAGUUAUACAAAACAUUUCUUAUUUUUAAAGAAAGUGAUUUAUUCCUGGUUAGUACAUUCUCAGAGGAUUCUGAACCACUAAAGAGUUCCUUGAUUCAGACUUUGAAUGUACUGUUCUAUAAUUUUCAGGAUCUUAAAACUAACACUUAUAAAACUCUUAUCUUGAGUCUAAAAAUGACCUCAUAUAGUAGUGAGGAACAUAAUUUAUGCAAUUGUAUUUUGUAUACUAUUACUGUUCUUUCACAUAUUCAGAACAUUACAUGCCUUCAAAAUGGGAUUGUACUAUACCAGUAAGUGCCGCUUCUGUGUCUUUCUAAUGCUUACAGUCUGUGUGUCUUAAAAGCUGUAGUAUUUUAAUUCAAAAAAUUUAUUUAUUUGGGUAACCCAGACUUUUCUGUUUUGUUUUUUGGAAGGUUUUUUGUAGUAUGUCAUUUGGUAUUCCAUUUUGAAAAUGCCUUUCUCCUACCAAAAUGUGCUUAAACCACUAAAGAAAUGAAGUGGCAUUAAUUGAUAAAUGUUAUCAUGGUCAUUUUUUAAUAUUCUCACAUCAAGCUUUUGCAUCUAAAUUGUGUUGUCUAAGUAUACCUUGAAAAAAUAAAGUGGCACUGUAGAUGCUUAUAGUACUCUAAUAAUUUAAAACUUGUAGCAUACAGACUAAUUUUUCUAAAAGGGAAAAUUUGUCUAGCUGCUUGUGAAAAGUUGUGUGGCAUUCUGUAAGCCAUUUUUUUUCUUUAUCUGAUCAAAGACAGUGUUAUUUUUUUAAGAAAUGAAUUACAUUUAAAAUUAGGGUGUGUUAAUGUUGAAUAAUAGACCUUUUUCUAGGAAGGUAAAGGUAGUUAAUCAUUUGAGUAGAUAAACAGGUGUGCAGGAGAGUCAUAGUUGUUACGUAGGAGUCAGUGUUCGGUGGACUUUCUGUCUUUGUAACUAAGGUUAGAGUUAGCGUGGUUCUGAGGUCUCACUACACUUUGAAGAAGGCAGCUUCUAAUUCAGUCUUUCCUUCUGUGUGCAGAUACUGCAACUGCUUAAUUUACAUGGUUAGGUAAUAAGUUUAGUACACCCUUGAUAUUUGGGAGAGUGGUAGCUAAAGAACAUUCUGAGUAUUGGUUCUCCAUUUACAGAUGUUCUCAGUCAAAUUCUAUGUUUAAAGCAAACUUGUCAUGGUCUUCACACUAAGUUGAAACUGGCUUAUAGUAACUGAUUUUUACUUCCAGUGCUAAAAGUCUUUUAGGGCUUUUACGGUUUUCAGAGUUCUCUUUAUCACUGUGAUCUUAUUCUGAUGGGAGAAAAACUAUCAUAGCAGUGAGGCAAGACAUUGACUUUAUAGUGCUGUCAAUUUCCAAAUGAAAGGGUCAGAAUAACCUUUAUAGUAUUUGGUCAGUAAGAGAUAGUGGCCAUUUACGCUGACUGAGCUGCAUUCUGAUCAUGUCUUUUCUCUUAUACAUAGAAUAAAUUUGAAAGACUAUUUGGUCUUAAAGCCAAAGUAAUUUUAGAAUGAAUGACAUAUGCAUAGGAAUUUAGUGUCAGUUUCAUGUGUUAAAAACAUCAUGGGGAAAAAUGUGCUUAGAGGUUAAUAUUUUGACUCCAAAUUUGAGUUUUUUUCUGUAGUUACCGUGAUUUUGUCAACGCAAAUGAAUGACAGACGUUGAGGGCUUUGUUUUAUAAUUACGUUAUAUUUCCUCUUUAAUAAUCUCUAGCUCUCUGAUUAGGUACUUUUUUUUUUUCUUGGCCAUUUCUAUGCCUACCAGAUCUGCUUUAUGAAAUCCAGGGGACCAAUGCUAAAACUAUUUUUAUAUAAUUUUAAGAACAUACCAAAAGUUCUUGUCUGAUUUAAAAUUGAGAUACAUGAUUUCUCACUUUCAUAUAAGGUAAUCAACUUUUACUGAAGCUAUUCUUUAUUAAAUCAAAGAUUGAGUUGCAAUUAUACUAUUCUUGCCUAAGUGGAUAAAAUGUACUUUUGGUGAGUCAGGGAAUUUUUUUAAAAGUUGGAGUUUAGUUCUAAAUUCGGUUUACAUAUUACUGCAGCAAAUUCCUUUUCUGGCUAAUGACAGUUUGAUAAACUCCGAUUAGUUAAUAUUGAAAAUGAAAGUCACUUAAAAAUGAAAUAGAUCCUGAUUACUGUGGCCAUAACUGCAGAUACGUUUGACUAGAGUAUUGAUUUUCUCAUUUAGAUUCACAAGCCUUUGCUUAUACUGCCUAUCUUCAGAUGCUCACCUUCCAAAAUUUAAACUUGGUUUAAAAUAUACCUUCAGACCAAUUACUUGUCCACAUCCAUUUCGUCAGUACCCCAGAGGAAUGGGGAUGAGGGAGGUAUGACCCCCUGGCCCGCCCUUCCUCACUUUAGCUUAAGUUUCUCUCAGCCUACCUUCCUGCUGGUCCCUGACUCAGAGAUGAAUUGCCUUGCCGCCAGCCUUCCCCGCCCACCUCCUCUCAGCAGCCUUUUGACUGAAUAGCUGCUUUGGAAAUCCAGAGUAAAAUGGUUGACGGAAGUCAGCUUGGUUGGUGGGACAUGGUUCCAUUUCCUUGAGUCACUGGAUGUUGCUGGGAGGGUUCUCCAGGUUUGGAGAUGGGGUGGAUGAUGGCCCUGCUGGCUGCCUUGUUUUGACUUCAGCUGCGGCCAAGGAAUGGGAAGGCAGCGAGGUAGCAGUCACGGCAGCAGCAGUUGUGCCAGAAGCAGCAGCACAUCCGGUCCUGGAGGGGACAGGGCGAGGUCCGAAGCGCGGAGUCUGUGAGUCUGCUGUAGUGAUAGUGCUCAAGAAGUGCCUUGAGUCCGUGCACAGUGACAUUGUUAGUAACAUCAAGAAUUCCACAUUUCAGUUCUUGUUACAAAAUUUCAGUGGUCACUCGGCCAUUUUGCAGCUCAUGCAUGAGCUGCCUUCAGUUGCUCCUCUACAUCUGAGAGCUGUCCCGUAUAGAAUAUUUUAUAAAACAAGAUGGCAUAGUGCUAAUUAAAAUGCAGAACAAAAUCAGUAUCCCCUUAGACAUGUCCUAUCAGGAGUUUAGUUUUAUCCUUGCACUGAAAGAGUGAUUGUUAAGUCAGCUGUUUCUUUUUGUUUCUUGACUGUGGCAGUGUUCUGGCUCCAAAUGAUGGAGAUUCCAAAUGAUGGUUCUGUGAUAGCGUGGCAGGAAAUGCCAGUUCAGACAUUUUUGAGAUCCUAAAGAAUAGGUCUGCACAUGUAAUCUGUAGCUCCUUGUGUCUGUUUCGGAAUGCUGGACUACCCAUGGGCCCUCUCUCUGGGAAUGCUGGAAUUCUAAGACAUUCUGAGGAUUGUCAGUACACUUAAACUUUUCAACACCAUUAUGCAAUCUUAUUUGUAAUUGUAGACUUUAAAGAAUGUGUUUAAUAACAUUCAACCUGUUUCUUAAAGCUUAAAAAAAGAACUUAAGUGAAUUUGUUUUUAUUUUUUAACAAGAUUUGUGAAUUGAAUAUCAUGAACCGUGUUUUGAUAUCCCUUUUUCACAUUGUGCCAAUGGAAUGGGGUGUUUGAGAUUUCUUUAUGUGUCAAGGAGAUGCUUCAAAAUGUCAAUUGCUUUAAACUUAAAUUACCUCUCAAGAGACCAAGGUACAUUUACCUCAUUGUAUAUAUAAUGUUUAAUAUUUGUCAGAGCAUUCUCCAGGUUUGCAGUUUUAUUUCUAUGAAGUAUGAGUGUUAUGUUGCUAAAUUACUGAAAUGGUACUGUAUUGUUUAUAUUUGUACCCCUAAUAACAUCUUCUAUAGUUUUUGUUUUCUGUAUUUUAUUGUAUUUGUGCAAAAUUCUUUUGGCUUUAUCAGUGUGAUCUCUGCCCUUUCAGAUGUGUACAGAAAAUGUCCAUAUAAAUUUUCAUUUAAGUUGAAUGAUUUUGAGAAAACUGUAAAGAGGAAAGAAAAACAAAAAUUGCAGUUCCCCAUAAGUUUUUAAAAGUUGUAUAUUGUAUUUGUAGUAAUAUUCUGAAUGAGUUGUAAAUAGGAAGUAGAAGAGCGAUGCUUAUGUCAAGUCCUAACACUACAGUAGAAAAAUGGAAGCAAUGCAAAUAAAUGACUUUUUUUCCCAAG